AUGGCUGGUGAAGGUGGCACGUUGGACGUGGCCCAGCUGAUACAAGCAGCUACAGACGCUGCUCGUGCUGCUGCUGAUGCGGCUGCAGCCCUUAGAGAUGUUCAGGCUAGUCGUGGAACUGGUUUGAGUGGAAAGGGGUUUAGUGAAGCCUCAAAAGUCAUUAGACAACCUGACCCGUUUGGUUCUGAAAACCACGAAGAAAAUCUUAGCAAGUGGCAAGACUUCACAGUGAACUUCAAAGCUUGGUUGUUCUAUGGUGAUAGUGGUUUUGAAAGUGACCUUCAUAGAGUCGAGACCAACUAUGCCUCAACUCCAAUAGAGUUUCCUAGAUCCGAGCCCAAUGACGUUCAAGAAAGAUGCAAGCAGCUUUUCAACAUCCUUACGGGGAUACUUCGUGGCAAGCCGUUGCGGCUACUGCGCCAAACUUCUGAGAGAAAUGGUUUCGAGGUUUGGAGAAAGUUGGCGCAACUCUUUUCACCAAAGACCAAAAGCAGGUCGAUUUCUUUGCUUGCUGCGUUGAUGAAUAUUCCAACCUUCAGCCUGAAGGACAAAACCCUGAUGGACCAGAUCUUAGGCCUUGAACGCUUGAGAACUGAGUAUAUGAGAUCUUCUGGAACUGAUGUGGCUGAUGACCUGAUGUUGAGCAUCCUGGUCAAGUCGUUGCCAAAGGCAUUGCAGACCCACAUUCAGCUGCAGAUGACAGAGCACUCAACGUAUGCCCAGGACGAAUAUAGGCGUCUUGUGGUCAGCCAGAACCUCAAGAAAGUUUUGAAGUUGCUCAAGCGUGCGCAGUCGCGCAUGACAGGAAACCAAGAGACUGACGAGAGCGAGUCUGUUGGAGAAAAUGAUGAAGAAGAAAUGAUUGAGACGGAUGCAGAAGUCGAGGCCAGAUACAAAUCAUCAGAGCUUUGUGAAGUUUCAGAUCCUGAACUGUGGAUGCACUUCAAUCAUGGUGAAUCCCCUCUCUCCUCUUCCAAUGCUUCUGAGGAUCAACCUACUGGCCACAGUGAAGCUUCUUUGCACCAGCAAAUGGCCGAGACGAAUGCUUUGCUUCUUGCUCGUGAACAAAGACUUGAAGCUGAAUGGGAUGAAACUGAGUUGCGCAAUGAUCGAGAAACUAUGCAUGAGAUCGAAAACAUGAUCAUCGAGACCCGCAACUUGCGCUAUAGUUCCGACCCGCCCAGGAUUAUUUCCGGCAUUGCAGCAGGGAAAGGAGCGUUCUACAGGACGGCGGUUGGCUGUGAAAAGAAUGCCAUUGUCCUGGACGUGCCAGGUGCCCUGGAUGGACAUGGCAGCAACCAGGCGCACUUGUUGAAUGUGAGCUUCAGUCUGCAACACUGCUUUAGGGCGGAUAGGGCGCUUGCAGUGUGGUUGAAUCUGGUCGGCUUCAAGCACUGCGUAGACUUUGCAGGUGUUUUCCGUGACGAGGAUUACAUUGCCUUUGUCAUGGGACUUGCCGAGGGAGGAGAUCUCUUCUCCUUUGUUGAUGCCAUGGGUUUGCCAGCUCCUGGUCCUGUACUUGAAGAAGCACUACAACCUAUAGCGGUCGAAUUUCUGUUUGCAGUGGCUCGACUACAUCGGCUGGGCCUUGCCCACAGAGAUCUCUCGCUAGAGAAUGUGCUUCUGGCGAGCAAGAAGGGUGGGCCUAUUUAUCUCAUCGACUACAGCAUGGCAACCACUCAAAGAUUUCAUACAGGGCCGACGUGUGGCAAAGCUUCCUACAUCGCUCCAGAGAUGCACCUCGGAAAUGGUUACGACGCCUUCCAGGCAGAUGCAUUUUCGUGCGGCGUCAUUCUUUACGCAUUGUUUGCAAAGGACUAUCCUUGGAUAUCUACACGAGCGGGUGCUUGCAAGUGCUUCGAGUAUGUUCGCAACCAUGGCUUUCUGAAAUUCAUGAGCAAGCGACGUAUCAUAGUGGGCAAUGAGAAGAAACCUGUGCAGCAGGUGAUGUCCGCAGCUUUUGUGCAUCUUCUCGACGGUUUACUCCGCUUUAACCCUGAGGAGCCGCAUUGUUACACCAUAGCAGCUGUAGAUCCAACUGUGUGA